UGAAACUUAAAUUCGUAAAUCGAAUUUGGAAUUGGGUAACGAUUUAAACUGUAGUAGUGUAGCCUGUAGCUACUCCGCUGAUUCUUGCGCGCCACGAAACACCGCCGUCUUCCACCAGCUAAGGAGCGGCGGAUCCACCGCCAUGGCCACUGUUCGGCGUCUCGCUCGGGCACUCACCUCACGCCGCUCCAUCGCCUCUGCUAAAACCCUAAACCCUCGCCCUUACCUCUCGCCAAUUCCUCCUCUCCCACUCUCAGCUGCACCUCUCUGCAAUCGGAGUUUUGAGCAGCAAAAAUCAUAUGGACCAGAUGGUUGGAAACCAGAAGGGCUGCCCAAUUUUUUGGCUCACACUGCUUUGGCUGGAUUACUUGGAUUUGGAAUGUUGAAUGUAGCCUUAGCAGAUGGUGAUGAGGAAGAUGCUAAAAGUUCGCCAUUGCCUAAAAGCAGCUCACCUUUGCCUGAAAGCAGCUCAUCUUUGCCUGAAUAUGCAAAAGUUCCCCCAUCACUGGAAUCUUCUCCUGCUGCAAGGCAGCAAAACCUGGAUGAAAUUGCAAAGAAAGACAAAGCUCGACUUAUAGAAUUACUCAAGAACAAAGGAGGACGAACUGGUUCUUGUCCUAAUUUUACUGUUUCUGUUAAGGGACCAAAGGUUUCAAUCAAGUUCCAAGUUCCUCCCUCAGCUGAAAUCCCUUUCCUCAUUGCAAACUUUGUUUCACGUCUUGGGGUCAAGGCCGAGGAUAAUUCUGUUGGAUCAGAUAUGAUACUGCGUGCUUGGGACAGUGGUGUUGCCUGGCAACUAGCGCUCAGUCGUCCAACAGCUCCAAAAGGAGCAAAUGGAGAUCAAGGUGAUGCAAAUGGCAAAAGUGUAGAGUCUACGGACAAUGAAGAGUUAUGCAUUGUCAUAUUUCGUCCACUCAUUAGCUCUGAUAAAGCUGAAAUUGAGCUCAUGAAACAGGGUAGUUUUACUUCUGAGGAACUUGAUGCUUUGGCAUCUGUCUUACAGCUAGCAGGAAAGCCAAGAAGCUUCGGAUUAGGGCCAAAGGGAGGUGCUGCACAGGUUCCAGCAGUAGACAAGACAAUCUCUAAUCUAGAGGGAAUGGGAGUCAAAAUUUAUGGACUUAAAUCUCCCAACCUAGAAGACCCAAAUGCAGAUAUAUCUUGGGAUAACAUUGCUGGCUAUGAUAAUCAAAAAAGGGAAAUAGAAGAUACUAUAUUACUGGCUCUAAAGAGUCCAGAAGUGUAUGAUGACAUUGCCCGCGGUACUCGGUGUAAGUUCGAGACCAACAGACCCCGUGCAGUGCUUUUUGAAGGCCCACCAGGUACAGGGAAAACAUCUUGCGCUCGUGUAAUUGCUAAUCAAGCGAAAGUUCCAUUGUUAUACGUCCCAUUGGAAAUUGUAAUGUCUAAAUAUUAUGGUGAAAGUGAGCGGUUGUUGGGGAAAGUGUUUUCACUGGCUAAUGAACUCCAAGAAGGCGCUAUCAUUUUCCUUGAUGAGGUUGAUUCACUUGCUACUACCCGUGAUAGUGACAUACACGAGGCCACACGUAGGCUUUUGUCCGUAUUGUUGCGACAGAUUGAUGGAUUUGAGCAGGAAAAGAAAGUUGUGGUUAUUGCCGCAACCAAUAGAAAACAAGACCUUGAUCCGGCUUUGCUCAGUCGAUUUGAUUCCAUGAUCACUUUUGCCAUACCGGAUCAGCAGACUCGUGAAGCUAUUGUGACUCAGUAUGCUAAGCACUUGACAACCUCUGAAAUUGCUGAACUUGCCAGAGCUACCGAAGAAAUGUCUGGUCGUGACAUAAGAGAUGUAUGCCAACAAGCUGAGAGGCAAUGGGCAUCCAAGAUUAUCCGGGGAAAAGUGCAGAAAAACGAAGAACAGAGCUCACUUCCUCCUCUUAGAGAAUAUAUUGAAAGUGCUGUAAAACGACGAACUGCUAUUCGCUCCGUCACUAAUCAAAUCGGAAAUCCUAGCCCUCUUUCCAAAAAGCCUCAGUUCGAUUUUAUGUGAAGCUCUUAGGCUAUGUAUCACAGUUGACAAUUUUCCAUAUUUAUUAAAUUUGUCCCUAUACAGGCAAA